CGCGGUACAGUAACCGACAGCACAUGGCGUGUUUUCACGGAACGCCAGAUGGAUCUGAAAUUUAUGCCGUUCACACUUCAAAAUCCAAUCGUUGCGAUCGACGAUACACCGUGGCUGGUUCACACCUCUGGACCAGUCGCAGCAUGAACCAAGCAGAAUCCCAGCGGCUCUUGGCUGAAGCAGCGGCUCCUGCUGGUGGUGGCAACAUCUAUGGCCAUGUCGAGACGUCGCGCGUGCUGCUGUUCAUGUUUGCCGUGCUCGUGUUUGUGAUCUGCCUCGAGAUGUUCCUGCAUUUCUUGGAGCACAUCACGAAGCGAAAGCCCAAGUAUGCCGACAUGCUACACAAGACGACGCAGGAGCUCAUGAUCGUGGGGCUGAUCUACCUGAUAGUCAAGUUGUGUGUGUCCACAGGUCUCGCCAAGGCGAAUGGGAUGGUGUACCAAGCAGUGGACUUUGCCGACUUGAUCAUCCUUUUCACGGUGUUAUCGAUGGUGGUCCAGGCCACGGUGAUCCUCUUCAUGCUGCGCAAGACCAACCGCGAGAUGGGCAAGAUCUCCAUCCUGCGCACCGACAACGUGUUGGCCAAUGCUCGGACAGAACUGGACGCCGUGCGGCACCUGUCGCGUCUACAGCGGCGCAUUAUCUGGUCCAAAUACGAGUACCAGCUGCAGAUGAAGCUACUGCGAAGCCUGUUCCUACGCUCGUACGAGUUGCCGCAGCUAUUUCCGUUUGACAAGUACAUCGAAGACGUGCAGGACAGCCAAAUGGCGCACUUGGUUCAUAUUGACAUCUCCAUGUGGAUGGUACUCAUGGCCACGUACGCGCUCUUCUUCAUCUUUAGCGGCGAAUUCUUCUCCCACGGCGAGUUUAAGGCCAACUCGACAGUGCGAUGGGGGGUGUUUGCAUGCUUUGCGUCGUCGUUGUUGCUGUUCAUGGUGCUGAUGUACGUGUACUUACGGCACUUGGUGCAUUUGCUCUUGCGGCAUGCUGCGAAGAAGGAAUGUCCGUCGUCGUCGUGGCUGGAACAGUAUCGCAUCAUGGCGACCCCCGACGCCUUGAUUGAAGUGCUGAGCCAUGUGGUGCAUUAUGAGGCGUCGAUUCCGCCGAUGCCACCGCAAGACGCUAUCGACUGCAUGCGGACCAUUGCAGACAACCUCUGCGACAACGACCAGGCCAACCACCCCCAUCAGUCUCGUCAUCGUCAUGGGUGCCUCGAGCACUUGUUUGCACACGACUUGCUGUGUGGGCUCCUCGGCACGCUCUCCCGUCGCCUCGGUCGAACCACAAAUCGCCCAAAACAAAGCAAAUUGCAAGGCGUGGACGCGCUGCACCUGCCGUGGUUUUCGCGAAAACUCGUGCAUUUUUUAGUCCAGCUGCUGUUUGUCAUCAACGGGUUCUACUAUGCACUCUUUAUCAACUGUGUGCUGUACUUGGAUGGGUUCAAUGCGUACGCGGUGGUCAAGGCCACUGUCGUGCUCGUACCGCUGCUUCUCAACACGUUCGUGGUCGCGCCCAAGAUCACGCGCGAGUUUUCCGUCAUUAACAGCCUCUUUCGCGUCGACGCCCACAAGCUCAGUGCGAUUGUUGAACACUUUGCCGAGGUUGAGGACAUGAAGGUCGAAAUGGUGCGCCAGGUGUGGACGUACUUGCAUGCGGCCAACCAGUCGGUCGCGGAUAUCGCGGCGGCGCUCGUCCACGCGGACGCGUCCGACGACGACGCCAGUGACGGGUACGUCGACAUGGACGUCCUACGGACCAUCCUCAAACAGUUUGGGUUCCGGUUCCCACGACAAAAGUUUACGACCCUCGUGCGCCUCCAGUUUAACACAAAAGGCACGACGAUCCGGUACCAGGACCUGCUCACCAUGUUGGGCGAGUCAGAAACGAGCGUGGAAGGCAAGACUAACCCGUCGCAGAACGCGUCGUUCCUGUCGUCCCACCAGCCUACUUACCCAUACGAUUCGACGCCGUAUCACGAGAUACCGGUAGAGCCGUCGUCAAGAUCAUGGCACAAAACGCAAACGACCGAAUUGUUUUUCAUUUAAGUUUGUCGUAAAUGAAUGAUAGUAUCUAUCAGCUACUGUAGCUGGUGGGUUUGGAACGAAUAUAGUUAGUUGUAUUAACAGUUAG